GACCAAGAUGGCAGGCAACGAGGUAGUUCAGUUGUUGAGUGAGCUGACCAUCUCUAAUGACUCUAAGAAGUUGUUGUCAGAUUUAAAGACAUUGCUCAUAGCAUUAACAACCUCACAAGGGCUUGGUUCACAUAAACAUCUGGAACUUAAUGGUUUAUUUGACUGCAUCAACAGCUCGGACAGUGAGCAAGUUGAAAUAGCUGUAGACACACUAGGGCUGCUGCUGCCCUCCAUCAGUGCUCAAGAAGUUGUUGAACGGUUCAGUGCUCAGCUGCUGCGAGGCCUCAAUCAUCCUCAUGAGAAGGUUCGCAGCCUAGUUCUGAAACUGGUGUUGACAUGUGCUGAGAGUGAAUCAGGAAUAGUGUCGGUAAUAACAAAUCACAGCAUAUUGUUAUCAGUCGUUAGAUGCCUUGGAGAUAACUCUCUCGGUGUGGUCAAAAUUUCCUCGCGUGUUCUGGUUAAAAUCUGCGGUCAGGAUGCCGGACUGAAUGCUGUGUUCUCUAAUGAGUCUGUGCCAGUGAUGCAGGAAGUGAUGUCAAAGUCAGACAUCUACAGGUUCAAUGUUUAUGAGUUUAUAGUACAAGUGUGCUUGCUGGGAGACAUGUCACUGGGUGUUGUAUCUAACUCUGGGCUACUGGACCGCCUGACCGGAGAAGUGACAACAGGCGACAUCCUCACACAACUCAACGCCCUCGAGCUGCUGACACCACUCGUCCUAAACCCCAGUGGCAUGGUUCUCUUAGACAGAGGGGGAGUGAUUGCAAAGCUCCAGUACCUUCUGUCACUUGCUGAGACAGAUCCUAUGACUGCCCUCCUCAUGCCAGGCCUGAUAAAGUUCUUUGGAAACAUGGGCCACUCUCGCCCUCGGCAGAUGAUAAAGGAAAACAGCUCUGUGGUUGUGAUGAUCCUACGUCUAGCUGCGGGAUCCCUGGACCUGGGUGACCCCACGCUGCAGUUGGUGGCCAUUCAAACUGUGGCGCACAUUGGAAGUUCUCCUGCGGGGAAGUUGGCUCUUGCUAAAUUCAAGACUGAAAUGGAUGAAGUUAUGGAUGUGUUAGGUUCAAGAAUGCGCGUGGCGCCCACCGAGCAGCGUAUCUGUGUGCUGGAGGCUCUCACACAGCUCUUCUCUGUACAGAUUGAGUACCAGACUGAAGAGUUAACUGGUCUGUUGGAGUUGUGGUGGGCAAGUGUUGGUGGGGUCAACCUGGAGAAGGUAGUGGCCGUGGCCCGUCAGCCCUUUAUGGAUCUUCACUGCGCUGCCCUCGGACUCCUAAACACAUUAGCCAACAUGCCGUGGGGACAGCGACUUAUUUGUUAUGAGCCAGGACUUAUUGAAUACAUCCUCGACAGAACAACGGAGUCAGAGAAACUGGGUAAGGAAUGCAAGUGGACAGUCGUAGAGACACUCGUCAAGUCUCCGUCAACAAGCAGCAUCUUCACGGAAAACCACAUGUCACAGCUCGAGAAGUACUUCAACCAGGGUCCUUUCUAUGUGGAGGCUCAAGUGGAAGUGGCAGUUGAGGGGCUUAAUUAGUUAUUUCACAUUUAUAGAACAAUUACGCUAUAUUUUGAGAUGUGUAAAUUAAUGAAAAAUAUACAGUAUAUACUAACCUCUUUAUCAAUGUAUUGUACUGUACUGUAUACAGUUUUGUUUCGCUUUCUGAGUAUUCUUUGUGUUGUUAGAACUUUUUUGGAUGUGAUAUGCACACUGAUGGAAAACUCUUCAGGAAGUGAUACUUAUACUGUACAUUUAUUUGAGUCUUGAAGGUUAUCAUAUGGAAAUGAACAGUAAAAAUAAAUAAAAAAAAUAAAUAUAUUAUUUUAAUUUUCAUGAAAUCAGGAUAAAAGCUCAUCUGUUUGCAUCUUGCAUACAUCCCGUGGCCUUAUUCUUGAGCACCUGAUUAUAUUCUGGCAAAAUGAAAAGUUGGGUUAUUGUCUGGUUAGAUAGUGACAUCUCUUAUGCGCGCGCGCACACACACACACACACACACACACACACACACACACACACACACACACACACA